UUUCCCUUAGAAAUGCAAUGGAUGAACUCGAGCCAUCAUGAAUAUUUCAUUUUUUAUUUGCUUGUUCAUUGUCAUUCUUUCAUCUUUUGCUCAGUCUUUGCCGGAUCGGGAAGAUUCCUUACCCGCUCAAACCAAUCAACAAUCCUCCUCUAAUGCAUUACAGAAACGAUCAAGAGGUACGAAACGAAAGACUAGAUCACCUCCUCGUUCGCCAUCGCCGCCAAACUUUAAGCCUUCAUGUGAGGAAAUUGUAUGUUGGGAAAAUAGCGAUUGCGCGAAUAAUCGAUAUGGUGUCUCUUGCGGAACAUGCAACAGCAAUUCUCUCCUUUCGAGAUGCAAUGCUGCCUGACAAACAAAGUCAAUGUACGAUGGUUUAUUCUCCAUUAAAUG